AUGACGUUGGCGGCACCGAUUACCCCGCCAGUCGCAACUAUUAUCCUUUCUUCACUCUCCAGAAACCCUGGAGCAUAUGAUGGAGUCAAUUUACCUCCUCGAGAGACCCCAAAGGCUGACUUCGAUCCCGAUACGCGCAAACUAGCCAAGAUUCUGGACGCCAUCGCGUCAUUUCUUCCGACUACCCCCAGGGCCGGACUCUCCUACGCCGUCACGUUGAGGGUAACUUCGACGAGCUCCCACAUAACCGUUGCAGGAAACGAUGUUGAGCACUUCGAACCCGACUCAGAGGGUCGCCAUCCCGAGGCUCUCAUCAACGCUAUUUGGUCCAAGAUGCGAGGCAUCUGCACAUCUGAAGGAGACGAGCGCAAGCGCCACAUGGAAGAUCUUCUUAUCUUCCUCUUCAAGACGCACAUGGACAAAAUGCGCGCUCGAUAUCAGAAAGGAGACGAAAUCUGUCGUAUCUUCUUCAGUGUUCUCGAUUCCAGCGAUGCAUGGAACAAGCUACCUAAAGAUACCAUCAAGAUUUUGGAGAUCGCGCAGAAGAUACAUUCAGCAAGCACCAAAUUCUUCGCACUAUCGGACAACAUAGAAGCUUAUAUGGCUGCCUUCCACCAAUCUCUGAUUCGAUCCCAGAGAGACUAUAAUUCCAAGAACGCGGACGAUCUCUCACUCGCUUAUAUUGCUAUGUAUGAGAAGCUGGCCGAAGAACAGUUUGAGACGACGAAGGGAGCAGUUGGCUCGACAGAUAACGAACAGCGUAGGCGCCCCGGAAAGCGUUUCAGCCUCGACAGAUACAUGGGAAAACUUGUGAGCCCCGCAGUUCACGCCCUCUCCUUACUUUCAGUGGCGGAUGGGUCGUUGUUCAGGCGCGUACAACACCUUCCCCUAUCUAUCGCCGUCAUCCAUCCCGCUCGCUCAUCGUCAUUUAAAAUCCCAUUCCCUGAUCAAGCCGCCAUACGCUCAUUUCUUGAGGACGCCUAUGGGGAUGAGGACCUCUCAGAGGAGACCGACGUGCGUGCUCUUGUCAUAGACGAGAGAUUGCUGGCCAUUGGUCCCAAGUUGGCUGGACACAAGCAAUUGAAUGGUCCUCAUUGCGAGUGCUUCCUGAUCAAUCACCACCAUACUCUCCAGGAUGUCCCUUACCCAUAUAUUGGUGUCUCCAAGCUAUCUUGCCUCCAGUGCGGACUGUAUGCUGAGGCGUAUCAGAAAUAUGUAAAGCAGCAGACAAGCAGCCUCCCGCUGUUCCGAACUCGUGGCUGUGGUGCUGAUAUCGUUCCUUACUUGUUGCCAUCUGCAUCGACUGCAAUGGGCACUUUCAUCGAGGAACACAUUAUAUCUGCCAUCAAGCAGGUUGUCGGAGUGAUCUUGCGUUCUGAUGCGGCCGAAAAGCGCGCUCACUGGCGAAAGCUAUCCCAGAGCUCUGCAGCGUCCAGCGAUUCUCAGGAUUCAGGAGAGUAUCAUUUCGAGGGCAACAUCCGUGCAGAUAUCUUCCCCUAA